CUUUUUACUUUUUCUCUCUGCUACCCCUCAUUGAGCCACUUGAGCCGGGAGCAGAUGGAAAGAUUGUAGUGGGGGGGAAGUAAGCAGAGCAGCAGAUAGAGAGAGAGAGAGAGAGAGUUGGAAGAAGCCAUGAAGAGAGUGAGGCAGCCCAGCGACAAUGCUUGAUGAACUGAACCACUGACCACCAGAGAGCCUUUCUUCCACUUUGACUGAGCCCCGGGAAGACCGAGAAACCGCACAAGGACCGCCACGAGGGGUCAACCGCCAACUCAUCGCCAACCGUCAACUCAUCGUCCCAGCUGAGACGGGCCAAACGAGCCCAGGACGUGGAGAGAGAAAGAAAGACAGAGGGUAGGGACAAGCAGAAAGAGGAGGGGAGGUCAGUAGAUGAGAGCUGAAGCAGACGGGCAGAAGGAGAUGCUCAGAGGGACAGGACAGUGAAGAGAAGAGUGAAACAAGUGACAGGAUCGCUGCAGGUGUGUCCACCUGAACCGAAGCUGUCGCAGAACACAGCGAGAGACAGGGAGCGAGAUCAGGCAGAGAGCAGCGAGGCAGAACUAGACAAGGGAUGGCCAACUCGGGUCUCCAGCUGUUGGGUUACUUCCUGGCGCUGGGCGGCUGGAUCGGCAUCAUCUCCACCACCGCCCUGCCCCAGUGGAAGCAGUCGUCGUACGCCGGCGACGCCAUCAUCACGGCCGUGGGUCUGUACGAGGGGCUGUGGAUGAGCUGCGCCUCGCAGAGCACGGGACAGGUGCAGUGCAAGAUCUUUGACUCCAUGCUCUCGCUGGACAUCCACAUCCAGACAUGUCGGGCCCUCAUGGUGGUGUCAGUGCUGCUGGGCUUCAUCGGCAUCAUCGUCAGCGUGGUGGGCAUGAAGUGCACCAAGGUGGGAGACAACAACCCAGCCACAAAGACUCGCAUCGCGGUGACCGGAGGCGCCCUCUUCCUGCUCGCAGGACUAUGUACACUGGUGUCUGUGUCCUGGUACGCCACCCAGGUGUCCUAUCAGUUCUUCAACCCAAAUACACCGCCCAACGCCAGGUAUGAGUUCGGCUCUGCCCUGUUCGUGGGCUGGGCGGCGGCCAGUCUGACGGCGCUGGGCGGCUCCUUGCUGUGCUGCUCCUGCUCCAAAGAGGACAUGCGAGGACAGCAAUAUUACCGCCAAUCACAGCCCUCUACAGCAAGGGAGGCAGAGUUGUUGAGUGAAACUAGUUUCCCUGACUGAUCAGCCCCCCCUGCCUUUUUAUCGAGGACUGUCCGACUGUCCGACCACUGUCUCCCCUUUCCCCACCACGUGUUACCUCUUAGACCCAAAUUUGGACCUCUUGGUAGAAUACUUCCCUUCUUCCUCUGUACUGGAUCUGCACCUUGUCAGUUUUAAUUGGAACUCAGAUGUUCUGUCUUCUCUCAUUUCCCCCACACCUUGUGAUCCUUUUCUGUAAAUAUGGACUCUAAAUGGAUAUCUGAUCAGAUUGUUUCUUCCAGAAGUGAGAUACCCUCCUCGAUUUCAGCUUUUAAACACCCCCAUUGCACCCCCCCCCCCCCCCCCCCCCCCACGUGUCCCAUUAUCAGCUGAGAGUUAACAACGAAUUGAAAACACUUUCUGUGUUUGAUGAUUAUAUCCUAUGACCUCUGGGUGUUUUUUGCAAAUGUGUCUUGGGCUUAUUUUGUUUCCUCUGUGACUGCUUUGACUGAAACGUGUCCUUUUUUUCCCUUUUGAAUUGCAGACCAAAUGUUAAAAGUACCCCACCAGAGAAAAGGGAGCAGUACUUGUAGUUUGGGAGUCUUCUGGCCUUACCGUGGUUUAGGUUGUGUCGACAGACAAAAAACCCUCUCACUGAGGAAUUCAAAACAGACAAACAGGCAACACUAAAGGCAGAAUUGAUGAACGGCAACCUUUCAAGCAUAUUGAGGCAACACAAAUUAUAGACUCAUUGUUGAAGUAAAAUAAAUUGUUUUGGGGGGGGGGGGGGAUGAAAUUGAUGUUUCAGGGGUUUUUAAAAAAAGACAAUAUCCUUGUCUUGUCUGUUUUGCUGACUUUGGAAGAGACAGUCAUUCAGGGUAUGUUUUCUAUAAUAUGUUAAAAUGCCCAGGUGUAUAUACCACCUAUUGUAUUCUUCAUCUCUCUUUUUUCUUUUUACUACAUAUAUAAUGUUUUACUACAGUGCCUUAUAACACAUGUUUGUGCACAUGUAUGUUUUUGACUACAUGGAUUCUUCAUAUUCGCCCAUUCCGCCCUUAGGGGUGUGUGUCCAUAGCUCCUCUGCCAGCAGAUCUGUAUACCUUGUUUUCUAUUGUUGGAUUUUCUGAAAAUGAAUGUGAAGCUAACACAGUACCACUUAUGAAACAAACAAAGGAAAAGGACAUACAAUAGAUCUUCAGUUAUAAGGCCUUAUGCACUGUUUGUAAGAAGCUGUGUGCCAGUUUUCAAGUAGCCUGGAUUGAGGAUAUACCCAGCAAAUUCAUUUUUUCAUUGUUUUGUGAAGUGCCAAUAUGAUUUUUGUGUGAAUGAUGGAGUCGUUGUAUUUUUUUGACUCUAAAGGAUAUACUGUACUGUGUGCUGUCCCCUGUACUAAGGAAUGCCAGUUUGCUGAGUGUUCAAACACCCUUCUGAUGCCUGCAUUUAUUUACCAUGUCGUUCCUAUCUCUAAUAUUUACCUCCUCCAUGUUGUGUAUCAUCUCAUUCACAGUAUACCCCUGUCUGUUUCUUUUAGAAUAAAGUAAACAGCGACAUAAAAACGGA